AUGGGCAAAGAGGCUUUGCGUUCAGGUGUUGGUUUCCUCGGCGACAUAGUGUCCGCCGGUGGUACACAACAUCCGAGGUACGCGGCCGUCACACGCCUCAAAGAAUUCACCGGCUCAUUGAAACGCAGAGCCGAUGACAAACUGGAACGCACUAGUAUAGAGAACGGCAAGUGGAUUCAGUACAAGCCGAUCUCGUCUUUGACAGACGAUUCGCCGAUAGAGUUUGUCAUACCGGCUAACGGAGAAGAAUACACGGACUUGACGCAAUCUCUGUUGCACAUCGAAGCGACAAUAGUGAAAGAUGAUGGCACAAAAGUGGAAGAGGCGUUAGUCGAAGAGAUGGGACCGGUUAACAAUUGGCUUCACUCGCUGUUUAGUCAAGUGGAUCUGUACAUCAAUCACAAACUGGUGUCACCACAAAACAACACUUACGCUUAUCGUGCCUAUUUGGAAAAUCUACUGAACUACGGCGGUAGCGCAAAAAAGUCACAUCUCACCAGCACAAUGUUCUACGAAGACAUAGCCGACAAAAUGGACGAUUGCGAGGCAAACAACGCAGGACUAGUGAAACGUCGCGACUUCGUAAAGAAAAGUACGUACAUCGAUAUGGUGGGAAAUUUACAUCUAGAUUUGUGCAAUCAAGCCAAGUUUAUGUUGAAUGGUGUGGAAAUGCGAUUGCGUCUCGUCAGGUCGAGAAACUCAUUUGCCAUAAUGUCGAAAACAGCAACGAACUACAAGGUGCACAUUCGAGAGGCCAAUCUGUUUGUGCGUCGUUGUAAGAUCAAUCCCGGCGUGUUGGUGGCGCACAGCAAGACGCUGGAAAGUGGUACGGCCAAGUAUCCAAUCACACGUGUGGACGUGAAAUCCAUCACGCUACCGAGUGGUAUUCUGGGCAAGACAUUGGACAGUGUGUUUCUCGGUCAGUUGCCGAAACGCAUAAUCGUGGGAUUGGUGGACAAUGUGGCGUUCAACGGUGAUUUCAAGAAAAACCCAUUUAAUUUUCAACACUUCAAUUUGAACUAUUUCGCUCUGUACAUCGACGGUGAACAAGUGCCAUGCAAGGCGUUGACACCGGCCUUCACGGGAGACUCGAAACUCUACGCACUCGCCUAUCACACGCUGUUCACCGGCACCGGUAUACAGUUCGCCGACAAGGGCAACGAGAUCGGCAGAUCGGCUUAUCCGAACGGCUACUGUCUGAUGGCGUUCGACCUGACGCCGGACAUGUCGGCCGGCGAAUCGAGUCACUGGAAUCUGGUACGAAACGGCAAUUUGCGCAUCGAACUGCAAUUCAAAGAAGCGUUGGCCUCCUCCAUCAACUGUAUAGUGUACGCCGAAAUGGACAAUGUAAUCGAAGUGGACCGACAUCGCAACGUGUCUGUGGAUUUCAGCGGUUAA